AUGCUCGACUCGAGCGCAGCGAGAGGAGCCACGGGGUCUGGGGCGGAGCCCCAGCCGCCGGAGGCAGAGACCCCUCUCCCCGCAGCGGGACUUAUCUUAUCUUUUAGGAUCUGCACCAGAUAUAUGCAGCAUGAGGAGACUGAAGAUAGAGUCAUCAGCAGGGUGAUAAAAUAUCAGAUCCGUCGAGCCAUGACGAAAUUCCGUGGUUGUAUUGAUAUCCACAAUGGCCAAGUCAAGCAGAUUGUAGGAGGAACGCUGACCAGUGCGGAGUCGCAGUUGAAAACCAAUUUUGUGGCGACCCAGCCCGCUGAGUAUUUUGGAAGAUUAUACAGAAAAAAUGAAGUCUAUGGAACACAUGUAAUCAAACUCGGACCAGGAUGUGAUGAAGCUGCUGAGGAGGCAUUGGCAGAAUGGCCUGGUCAAUUACAAGUUGGCGGAGGUAUCACUGCCGAAAACGCUCAAUCCUGGAUACAAGAGAAAAAGGCGUCGAAAGUGAUUGUCACGUCGUAUCUAUUUCCCGACGGAAAACUGUCGAUACCACGACUGGAAAAACUGGUGUCAUUAGUUGGAAAAGAGCAUUUGGUGAUUGAUCUGAGCUGUCGCAAGAAAAUCGUCGACGGCGAGCCCCGGUGGAUCGUGGCCAUGAACCGAUGGCAGACCCUGACCGACACCGAGGUCAAUAAAUCGACUCUGGACGAGCUAUCGCGCUACUGCAGCGAGUUUCUAAUCCAUGCUGCUGAUGUCGAAGGACUGUGUCGAGGAAUAGACGAAGACCUUGUAGCAGCUCUCGGCAACUGGGUCACAAUCCCCACAGUCUACGCAGGAGGAGCCAAAUCGCUCAACGACCUCGAGCUGGUCGCCAAACUCAGCCACGGCAAAGUCGACCUGACAUUCGGCAGCGCGCUCGACAUCUUCGGCGGUGACAAAGUCGCCUUCUCCUCGUGUGUGGCCUGGAACCAGUCACAGUCACAGUAG